GGCUAUACUGAGUGUAGCGCUGACGCUUAUGUCAACACAAGCGGAUAAGUGCACGGAGGACCAACACUGCUCAAACUGCUCAAGUACAACACAAUACUGCAGUACAGAUUGCUUUUCAGGGUAUUUUGGCCUAAAAUGCAAGUCCCGUUGCAGCAAACAAUGCAUCAACAGUAAAUGUAGUCAGACACUGAGGGGCACUUAUAGUUGUUCUGACGGCUGUGUACCUGGUUUCUAUGGUACUCGAUGCAAUAUCCCGUGCACACUUCCGACGAAAAGGUGCACAAAAUGUCCUCAAGGAUGUGAUGGAACGUUCUGCUAUCUGACAACAUCUUGUGUUUCUGGAUGCCAUGACCAAUACUAUGGGUUCAACUGCAAGAAUUGUUCACCCAGAUGUCGACAAUGUAACAGGAUAACAGGCAGAUGUGAUGUGUGUCAUAAUCCAUAUCAUGGCCUGGACUGUGAAUACUCAUGUGAACAUUGUUCAACAACUGAUUGUGUACAGACAUGCGCACCUGGAUUUUAUGGACGUACAUGCUCUUUAAGAUGCCACAAAUAUUGUUUGUCUUAUCCUUCCACUAUCACUAAUGACUCUUUGACAAGUAACAGUUCCACCUCGUGCAUAUCUGAAUGUCAAAGAUAUAGUGGAGAUUGUAUAAAUGGUUGUGCAGAUGACUGGUCUGGUCCAUACUGUUCCUCACCUAUUAAGUGUAACCCAAACUGUUUGGGUUGCAAUGAGACGGGUGCCUGUGUUGAAGGAUGCAUGUCUGGUUACUAUGGAGACGACUGUAAGCCUUGCCCGGGAACCUGUUUUAAUUACACCUGCUACCGAAACAACGGGUCUUGCGACAAUGGAUGUAUCCAAGGACAAUAUGGACAAUCCUGUCAACUACCCUGCAUAAACUGUCCGGGAGGUGUCUGCCAUCCAAGCACUGGGAUAUGUAUUCAAGGAAGCACCGUGCAUGUUGUGGGACUAGGACUAUCGACAGGAUGUGUAAUUCUUAUAGUUUGUACUGUUUGUAUAUUUGUGUUUCAUCUUCGUCGUCGUCGCCAAACUACAGAAAGGAAUCACCAAAGAAAUGAGUCGAUACAUACAGAGCGAUCAGGGCAACUGGAAACAGGAGAGUACUACCCAGUGCAUCGGUACUGGGAUAUAGAUGAUUAUGAUGAAGUAUCUCAGCAGCAAGGACAGCAACAAGUACCGGUAAAGGAAGAAGAUUACGAUGUAGAAUCUCAGCGGCAAGGGCAGCUACAAGUACCGGUAAAGGAAGAAGAUUACGAUGAGGUAUCACAACGGCAAGGGCAGCAACAAGUACCGGUAAAGGAAGAAGAUUACAAUGAAGUAUCUCAGCGGCAAGGGCAGCAACAAGUACCGGCAGAGGAAGAAGAUUACGAUGAAGGAUCUCAACAGCUAAGACAACAUCAAGGACAGGCAGAGGAAGAAUACAACAGUGACCCUGCACUUCCUGCUUUGGCCGACUGCUUUCCUGGGCCACAUGGCAGUGAAGAUGAUGACAGUAACCCUGUACUACCUGUGUUGGCGGAUUACUUUCCCGGGGCACAGGGUACAGAAGACAACAAUGAUGGUGACACAUCACAUAGUUCAGCGAGUGGUUCCCAGUCAUACACUCCCUUAAUGUGGGAUGUGUUUGUUGAUGAUCCGUGAACUGUAGUCACGUAUAUAUCACCAACUGAAGACAACAUAUAGAGUAGCAAU